CUCUCCCCAAGGCUCUCAGCCUUUGCAGCUCUCCUCCUCCACCCCACGGAUCUGGAUGAAGCUCCCCGAGCCUAUCGCUGCAUCAGUUUAGCCGAUCGCUCUUGCUACUAUUAGACGGUCUCCGUUUACCCGGAAUCGACAUCAGACUCCGUUCAUCGGGAAACAUCACUGCUCAUCCGGAACCCCUGUCACUCAUCCGGAACUACCACAGCUCGUCGCCCAUCCGGCUUCGGUGCUUCACUUUCCAGUUCGGUUGGAGGAGAGGGCUGGUUAGACACCUCCAACUUCCAAAUCAAUUUCUAUUUCAUCAAAAUUAUGAUCCAACCCAAGCGUUUGAGGUUGUGAGAAGACGAGCUACUGGAUAUUCUGUAUAAUGAGAUUUGUGACAGUAAGUUGUUGUUUCUUAACUCUUGAAGGUUUCAAUUUUAUGUUUUAUAUAUAUAUAUAUAUAUAUAUGUGUGUGUGUGUGUGUGUGUGUGUGUGAUUGUUACCUUUUGUAGUAUUAUAAUGACAAGCCCAUGCCGCUUCUCAUGGGCCAUCAUCGUCACUCAGCUAUGAGGUUCGGUUGGUCAGGUAUGUUUUUAUUGAUUAAUUAUAUUAAUUUAUAUUCUCAAUUUCAUUAAUCUAUGAUUAAACUUCGGAUUUCUCUUUUUGUUUUCCUUGCUCAUUUAAAGCUCUUUAUUGAUAGGAAUUUAGAUUUGGUUGUGUGUGUGAUAUGAAUAAAGAUUAUGUGAUUAUAUGGAUAGGCUAGAGUAAAUUCAAUUUUUAUUUUAUGAUUGGGAAAAUAUUUUAGAUGGAUGUGUUAUGGAUUUUUGAAUUGAACCUAUUCAUAGUUUUCAAUCAGCCAGAUAAAAGAUAUCUGCUAAUCUGCAUAUUCGUUUUAAUCAGUUGUAUGUUUCCAUUUAGUAUUUAAUGUUAUUUGGAAAUGUGUGACACAUGUGGUUUAGCAACACGAUACUCUAGAUUGCUGACUAAUUAUGUUAUUGUGUGAGUAGUAUGCAAUCCUCCAUAGGUGUGGAACUCACAAUGUCUUCUAAGAUGGCUGGCUGGCAGGAGUACAUGCUAGGAUUUAGCACUGUAAUCUAUGGCCUGGUUAGAACUUUAUUGAUUUGGGCAUCUUUGUUUUAUUUCACUUGCAAGCUACUUAGAAGUGCUCCUUGGUAUCGAUUUAGCUGAAACCAUUCUUAAUGUUAACAACAACAAACUAACACUGUAAGUUCUUCCUUCCUGGAAUAUAAUUUUGGUUGAAAACAUUUGUUGGUAUUCCGUAGCUUAUGUUUUGGGUUUGUUUGGCCUGUAGCUUGUUUCUUUGUAUUAGAGCUUAUUUACUAGAAAAAUCAUAAGCAUAUUUUGAGUGAUAUAUAUGUUUUAAUUUCGGCUAUUAUAUUUCUGGGAAUCAAUAGAACGAAGGUUUUGGAUAACAACCAUGUGAAUUUAAUUAAAAUUAGAUUUGAGAAAAGUGAAUAUUUUGUUUAAAUUAGGUGUUGGAAAUAUGAUGAAAUAAAUUAUUUUUUGAAUGGUCUCAUUUUGAGUCCUGAAAUAUGUGUGCAAUAUAAAUAUAUGUAAUGAGAGUGGCUUAUUAUCAAAGUACAACUUUCAUACUUGGAUUUAUUUCAUUUGGUGAAUAGAAUCCAUAGUUGUAAGAGUUGUAAAGUGAAAUGUUAAAAUGGUGAAUUAUUGUCCUAUAUCUUAAAUAGAUGAAGAAAAAAUUAUGUGAUAAGGAAUAUCAUUCAAGUAUCAUGUAAGAUGGCUAAAAAUAUUAUUCCAUACUCUUAGGACCAUUCGUUAUGAUAAAAUUGUAUGGAAAAUAUUUCAAGUCAAAAGACUAUUUAACUUAUGGACAAUAAUUCUGAGAUGUUUCAUUAUCUUAAUAAGAUAAUAAACAGUAGCUCUAAUAAAGCUGUUAUAGGACUUUUUCAAAAUUGAAUUUGGAUAGCCCGGUUUUAUUAUCUCUUUAAUAUAGAUGAUAAAUAGCAGCUAAGGAUGGCAAUGGGGGCGGGGGCCCGUGGGGAACCGCCCCGUGGGGGGGAGUUGGGGCGGGUGGUGGGGUGGGGCGGGUGGUGGGGUGGGGGAGAUAUUUUCUCCCCGCAUAAAUAUGGGGCGGGUGAUGGGUUAUGCACCCCCCGCACCGUCCCCGCCUCGUCCCCCGUAAUAAUUAUUAAUAAUAAUAAUCUCAAUAAUAAUACUAAUAAUAAUAGUAAUACUAAUAUAUACGAAGUAAUUAAAAUAGCAUGGUGGCCCGGUGGGUUUAGUGGUUUCCUAUCUAAUGGAUUGUGCCUAAUGGGUCUAUCUAAUUCUUGUUUAAUAACUAAGCUAUCUUGUAAAAUUGCUUAUCAAAAUCAUAAAGUAAAAUGAUUUGUUUAGGGAUAAAGUAAAAUGAAUUUGGGAAAGUUAUAAAGUGGUAUUAGCUUAAACGCCCUAGGCACAGUGUGAAAGUUUUUUUCCUUUACUAUUACAAUGCAUUAAUUCUUUUCUUUUGAAUGUCAUCUUUAUGAUUGUAGUUAGGGCUCUUAAAAUUUUGUGAUCAUAUGCCGUCCUAGAUGCCAUCAAAUGACCAUGAUUGAUUGAAUGCAGGGUUUAAGAAAAUAUUAUAGAGCUAAUCAAUGCUAAUUUAGAGUUUGAUAAAAAUGACUAAAUUAGGACGUGUAUAAUGUGUUCUAGAUUUGAAAUGGGAUGUAAGAUUACAUUGACACUUAGGGUCUGUUUGCAACAACUUCUACUUUUAAAAAAGUGUUUUUUUUAUGAAAUGGGGAGAAGUGAUUAAAUAAAAGUUGAUAGUGUUUGAGAAAAAAGUGAUUUUGAAAAGUAAAAGUGGAUAGUGUUUGGUAAAAUAAGUGCUUUUUGUGUAAUAGAAAAAGUAAAAGCACUUUUGACGCGAAAGCCGAGAAAAAUAAAAGUUGUAGUGUUUGGAAAAAUAAGUAUUUUUUUAAAGCCAAAAGCUGAGAAGUAUUUUUUUUAAAAAAGAGUUGCAAACCAACCCUUAAAAAGUAAAAAAAAUUGGCUACUAGAAGUGUUGUUUAAUUUUUGAAAAAUUGUCAGUCUAAAAUGAUGUUAAUUUUUGACGAGUACUUCCCCCGUUGGGUACCCGUGGGUCUAGCGGGUCGGGGCGGGAAUGGGGCGGGUCGAAUAGUAGUGGGGGAUGGGGCGGGGGUGGGGGCGAUUUUUUAGACACGGGGCGGGGGAUGGGGGAGUGAACCCCCGCCCCAAACCCGCCCCAUUGCCAUCCCUAAUAGCAGCCUUAAAGCUGGUUUCGGACGUUUCAAAAAUUGAAUUUGAAUUGUCCGAUUGGAAUAAGCCUGGUCAACCUUUGUUUAAGGAUCAUUAAUAUUAGAUCGUGGAACAAACGUUACACCUCAUUCAUAUGUUUGUAUUCAUUCUGAUUUUCAAGUAAUACAUAUGAACCCACUGCAUGCUUCUUUAAUAGAUCAUUCGUGGAGUAAUAGAUAUGAAUAAUGCAUAUAUAUGCCACUCCACGUAUACAGAAAACGUCCUGGGAGGAAACUCAUUUUCUUUAAUUUUCUAAGUGCGAACACACUUGCUGUGGUCUGCAUAUUUUCUUGUCUUCAAGGAAUUUGUUUCUUCCGUUUCGAGAGCAUAAAAUCCAUAGCUUCUUUCGUUGAGUUUCUUCACUUUCAAAAGGCAAAUUGGGCAACGGUCGAAGGUUUCAGUCAAGCUAGCUACGAGCCUGAAACGUGGUAGGAUUAUCCUGGGAGCGAGCUAGCCAGACCCGUCCGAAUAGCUAUCGGGAUACGGGGGCUAUCUUUCUUCAAGGCCAGUCCGUUUUAACGGGCGAUCCUGCGAUAAGUCUUUUCUUAUCCUUUCUAUUUAAUCAUUUUGUUAAUAUUCUAAUUAUUAUUAUUUUUAUUUGUUCUUGCAUUUGUUGGUUUGUCUGGUGAUUUGUAUAAACUCGGGAUUUUUAUCUGGUUAAACUCGCAUUUUUAAUAUCAAUUUUCUAACAAUCUUGAAGAAAGAUAUUAUUUCUCGAGUUUUGGAAAAUCCAAAAUGGCAAACUUGGAAAAUGCAGUUUCCGAAAAUGUUGUUGUUGAGAAUAAUGUGGAUGAAAUCCCUGAAAAUAAUGUGUCUGUGACUAAUUGUGGAGACACACUUGACUAUGUUGCUACGGGCUCGCAAAGGGUUGAUUUAACUGGAAUGCCGGAAAAAUUUUCUGGGCAUUUUUUCAAGCGUUGGCAACAACGUAUGAAAAUUUGGUUAAUCACCAAGGGCUUGCUCUCGGUAAUUAUGACGGUGUGUCCCCCCGUUGUUGAAUCAGAUCCCAAAAGUCUUGAACGCCAAGCUUUAUGGCGUGAGAGGGAUGAAAUUGCAAAAGGCAUGAUUUUGUUGGGUCUCUCCAACAUGUUAUUUGAUGUCUAUUGCACCCUCCACGGCACGGCUAAGGACCUUUGGGAUGAGUUGGAUAAGAAAUAUAAUACUGAGGACCACGGUCUUGAAAAGUAUAUUGUUUCUAAAUUCCUACGAUUUGACAUGAAAGAAGGUAAAUCGGUGUUAGAACAGACACAAGAAUUUGAGCUUAUCUUACAUUCUCUUCGUGAAGCAGAUAUGGAAUUGCCUGAAAAAUUUAAAGUGAUGGCGGUCAUAGAAAAAUUUCCCAAAUCAUGGAAAGAUUUUGGUAUGACUUUAAAACAUAAAAUGAAAAAGAUCACUUGGAAAUCUUUGAUGCUUUCCAUUACUGUUGAGGAGGAGCAUAAGAAAGCGGGUUAUAUUGCGCCUGUUGAAUUUCAACCGAAGGCUCAUGUUAUGACUGGGGGAAAGCAAGCACAUAAUUCUAAAAAUAAACAAUCACCAUCUUUUAAACCCAUAAAGGCCAAACUAAAAAGGGAAAAAUACGGUUAUAUGACUAAAAGAAACAGAGUUUCUCAAUAUAUGACUAAAAAUAAAUUAUGUCUAACGUAUGACUAAAUACGUGCCUAUGCAUAUAAAUGGAUAUUUAAUAAAGAUGCAAUGUUACUCUAUUACCCCUAACUUCCUUGUAAACACACGGUUUAUAAAAAAGGAAUCUUUUCAAAAUGGAAUCCAGCCAAUUAAUACGCAUUGUUGUAGAAACUGUGACUAUCGCUCCUAAUGGCGUGGAGCCAUAUUUCAAAAAGGACAUUCAUGAUUUACAUUUGAUAUUUUAAUCUUUUAAAUAACUUUAUAAUAUUUAUUUUUGCAUGUUUAAACUGCAGUAUAAAUAUAACGGGAGUUUACUCCAUAUAUUGAAUUAUUUUACAAUAAGAUUUAGAAUUAAAUGAACUAUUCCCAUAAACGUAUUUAUACUAGAGCCAGCAGUGCAAUAGACGUAAAGGCAAUGCAUAUUGAAAGUUAUUGCCCAUAGGGUGGCAAUAAAAUUAAACCAAUAUGAAAAUUUGUGAGGGCAGUAAAUGUACCAAUUAAAUCAACACUAGAGAAAAUUAGGACAUACAUAAAUUACUGUCCCAUUGAUACAUAAGUGAUAGGACAUUUGACAAUUAAAUGAAUACGUUAACAAAAAUUAAUCACAAAGAAUAUUUUACUAAAAUAGAAAUUAGACGUAAAAUGAACAAUAAAUUGACAUGUGUGCUUCACUGCCCAUAUAUUGGAGGACAGUAAAUGAACACGUAAAAUUAUAACACACAUAAUGAAGACGCUGCACUAAAUAAUUUAUUGCCCUGAUACAUACAUGUGUAGUAAGAAAGGGAGAAUAUGAUAUACUAGGCAUAAUAAAAGUUAUUGCCCGUGAUAGUAAAAUUCAAUCAAUAGGGAAAAAAAGUGAGGGCAGUAAAUAUACCAACUAAAUCAAUAAUAGAUAAAAACGCAAACAUUUUUAUGGAUAAACUACUGCCCAAUUGCUACAUAAAAAUAUAACACAUAUAAUUUAUUAGGACACUUAAUAAUAAUAACAAUAACAAUAAAAUAAUAAUAAUAAUUUUUUGAAGUAAAUAAUAAUAAUAAUAACAAUAUCAAUAAGAAUACUAAUAAUAACAAAUAAUACUACUACUACUAAUAAUAAUAAUAAUAAUAAUGUGAGUAUAUAUCAUGUGCGUAUUUUCCUAAUUUACUCGACACCCAUAAUGCAAUUAAUUCAUUUGCAAUUUCUUCCUAAUUAUUAGGAGUUUCAAGUAAAAGUUUGUUUACGCCCAUCCUAUUUGAUCGGCAGUUAUGGUACUUAUUUAUUUGCUUAGUGGAGGACAUGAUUGGAAUUAAAACAAAUAAUAGAGGCGCGUGUAUGACCAUUCACGUUGUAGGAGCAUUAGAUUGGGGAAAAAACUGGUGAAGUCAUACUUUGGGAACAUCAUGUUCUUUUAGUCAUGAGAGAGAUAAUUUUCUCAACUAAAAAUUGCAAAGAAACCAAAAGCAAACCGACCAUGCUGGAACUGUGGACAGAUGGGGCAUUGGGCCAAAUUGUGUCCUAAUAAAAAGGCCAAGGCUCAAUCUGGGGGACCUCAAGUCAACAUGGUGACUGGAGGGACUAGUUCUAAUGGCCUGCGGUUGGAAGAACAGUGAUGAUGGGGAACACAAGUGCUGCAAGUGUGCAAGGAAUUGGAAAAGUAGAAAUAAAAUUCCCUUCGGGAAAAAUUCUAUCUUUGCAUGGAGUGCAUCACGUUCCCGAAAUUAGAAGGAACAUCGUUAGUGGUUCCAUUCUAGUUAGGGAGGGUUAUGAGUUGUCUUUUAAAUUAAAUAAAGUUGUAAUUUUGUUUGGCGGAACUUUUAUUGGCAAAGGUUACUUGUCUGAUGGACUUUUUAAAGUUAUGGUUGAUUAUUUAGAAUUAAAUUAUGUAUCUGAGAAUUGUGAUUCUUCAACUUUAUGGCAUUAUCGUUUGGGUCA